UGUGGUUGCGCUGUAACUCUAAAUGGAAAGCCAACAUUUCGUCCAUUAAAACUAUUUCCCCGUCUCUCCCCGUCUGACAGUACUACUAGCAGAAUAACAUCGUCAGCGAUCAGCCAUUGUCGUGAGAUGUGAAGAUUUUUCUCGUGAUCUGUUGUUGGAAAAGCUAAGGAAUUAUCGUAGACCGAAGCAAAUCUGUUAACGGAGCGAUGCAUACGAUCCCGGAAUUAGGUACCACUGUGCCGGCGUUUCUUGCCAAGCUUUGGAAGCUGGUUGAAGAUCCCGAAACCGACGACCUUAUUUGUUGGUCACCCAAUGGAAGAAGUUUCUUCAUUAGAAAUCAAGCACAGUUUGCCAGAGAAUUGUUACCUCAUUAUUAUAAACAUAAUAACAUGGCCAGCUUUGUUCGUCAGUUGAACAUGUAUGGCUUCCAUAAGAAGGUUUCUGUGGAAUUAGGUGGUUUGAAGUGUGAUAGAGAUGAAAUGGAGUUUGCACAUCAGUUCUUUUGCAAAGGACAUCCGUAUCUUGUAGAACACAUUAAAAGAAAAAUUGCAUCCAGUAAAGGACAAGAUCCAACACUUGCACCCAUUAAACCAGAGUUAAUGAAUAAAAUGCUGACAGAAGUGAGAAGUAUGAGGGGUCGUCAGGAACAUUUAGAUUCAAGACUUGGAGCCAUGAAAAGGGAGAACGAAGCUUUGUGGAGGGAACUGGCAAUGCUUAGACAGAAGCACCUGAAACAACAGCAAAUUGUUAAUAAGCUUAUACAUUUCUUAAUUACUUUGGUACAACCUUCAAGGGGUGGUGGACUCUCGGUUAAAAGGAGAUAUCCAUUGAUGAUUGAUGAUUCUAACCGUCAAAGAAGUAAACAAAGUAAAUUGUCAAAGGCACAAGCAUCACCUACAGGACCUGUAAUUCAUGAGCUUGAUGCAUCGGAANNNNAAAUUAGAUAUGGAUUCUCUCCAUUUAGGAUGUUGGAAGGAGAUCCAAAUCCAGCAAUCCAAAGUCCAGAACAUAAUACUGCAUCAAUAAUGGAUGAAAACAAUAUGGAAUCUGUUCAUCUAGUUGACGAUUCUGCUCAGUUAGAAGAUGACAUACAACUGGUUAAUCCACGAGAGAUUGAUGCAAGAAAGAAACGCGUAUGUAAGGGUAAAAAAAAGAGGAAAAACAAGGUGCCUGUCAAAAUUUUGAUCCCAUCGACGAAGAGUGGAGAGGAACCGAGGGAAGAAACACAUUUACUUGAAAUGCCACUUGAAGAUUCACCUGUCACCAUUGCUAUAUUGGAAAACAAAGCAGUACCUAAACCAAUACCUGUGGCGACUGUACGUAGUUCAAAGCUUGCAGCUAUGGCAGCUAACAUGAACAAAGGAACCGAUGCAGACCCUGAACUCGAGAUGGAAACUUCUGGGGGAGACAUGGAGGAAGAUAUGCAGGAGAAUCUUAAUUUAGUGAAGCUCGAGGACAUUCUGAUAGUACCGGACAUCAUCAACGAGGAAAACGCAGAGAACGUCGAGAACGAGAAUAACGAGAUUGCAGGAUACGGUGAAAAUAAUGGAAACACGGAAUCUAAUGGGAAUGAGAACACAUUUGAUCUGCUUAGUAAAGCUGAUGAUAUCGCUAAACAGAGCGACGAAAAAAUUACAAGUACAAAUGGUGCUGAGAAACCUGUGGAACAGGAAAAUGCCAACUCCAAUGGAGCAGGCACGAGCAGUAAUUUACCUCUGAGCUGCGUCAAUCUUUCUGGCAUAGCAGAUGCUGCUUACAGGUUAGGAUCAAUGGAGGAAAUGGAUAAUCAUCUCGAAUCAAUGCAGACAGAUUUGGACAAUCUUCGUGAAAUUCUGCGCGGUGAGGGUUACAGUAUCGAUGCAAAUACACUCCUCGGUUUGUUCGGAGCAGACGACCCAAUGUCGUUUAGCAUGCCCGUUAAUCCCGAAUUAAAUCCGCAUUCUGCAAAGGAAGAUGACGAUCAUGCUAAUCUUGCAGAUAAUGUUAACGGAACAGCCGGAGGAGAACUCAUGGCAUACAAUCCAACGCAAAAUUUACUAGACUUUGAUGAUGACAUUUUCUUUGACACUGCAUCCCCUGUAACCAGUACAGCAGGUGAUACCGCAACAAACAGUCUCUACGCUUCGGAUCCCCUAGAUUUGGAAGAUAACAAAGCUUCGCUGCUCGAUUCCUUAACGAACGACGUUUCAACAUAAGAUCUUAAUUUCAUGGUUCAGAUCACUGUUGCGUCCAAUACUUUGGUUUCAGUAUGUUUUAUUACUCGAUGGAUCGUCACUCGAUGCUCUCUCUCUUUCUCUGUCCGGUGUGUAUUUCGAUGACGAAAUAAGCAACGAGCUUGUCGAACAUACUCAACAAAAGUGUACCCUAUACCGGAGGAGAGAAUGCGCUGUCUCAAAUAUACGCAGUCCAUUUCUGGAGGAUGUAGUGACUAAAAUGAAACCAGCGCAUAAAAUCCUGUGGAUUUGCUGCUAUAUAAACCAAUCUAAUAAUUCGACUGUAGUCUCUUUAUGUGAAAUUACUACUACGUUGUAUAAUUUGUUUGAUUAACAUCGUAGUAAUUAUUGCCGACGCGCACUAUAAUUUCAAGAACGCUUUAACUAAUCAACGCGAUAACACAGAUAUUGUAGUGCCUAAAAAUAUUUCUAUUAAUGUAUGGUCCAAUUUCGAAGUUCCUAUUCGUUCACUGUAAACAGUUGUCAAAAGUUUUUAUUUCUUUUAAAGGAUGUAAACGGUCUGUAAGAAUUGUUACACGAAUCGAUGAGUUUCGACAUCAUAUGCAAAAAUCCAUGUGCUCGGAGUAUAUAUCCGUAAUUCUUCGAUGAUCUCAUAUUCUUUACGGGGAUUUGAGUUUGUUCACUUAGGUCCUAUACGUGAAUAACUUUAAAAAGUAUAUACGAAAUUCGUAUUUUUUGUACCGACGCCUGAAAGAGAAGUAUAUAUCGCAUACGUGGACAAACGGUUAACUUUGUAGAUCAAGGAUUUGUACAGGUAUAAAAGAAGAAACGCUGAUGCGUCAAUUUGUAUUUUUAUACUAAAAACUAAUAUAUGCGCAAGAUGUUUCUCCUUUGAUAAACACAGAUAUUUGUACAUCUGUGAACCGUUGACUCAUUGUAAAUCUGUUGUCUACCCUUCAAACUAUUUAUUUUUCUUUUUAUUUAUAAAUAAACUCGCACUUGAUAUACAUAUAUACACAUGUAUAUAUGUAUGUAUCAAACUUGCCUCGAAAUCGUAACAACGUAUUAGAAUUUUGUUGCAUUAAAACCUUUACAAUUAUGUUAAAUAUAUGUAAUUUAUUACCAUGGCUUUCGUUAUGACGAUUGAAUGAGAAACGUACAACUGUGAAAAACAUUAAGUUAACGCGUAUUUAUUAUAGUCGACAGCAUACGGGAGCGUAAUUCUUGUUUUCCUGUGUCAGGAAACGCCCGUUCAAAAUAUAUUUAAUAUAUUUUGCUUUUCGUGAAUUGUUGAGAAAAAUUAUAAUGCGUUUGUUAUAUUUUUUAAAACGUGAACUAUAAGAACACGUGAUACGACUAUUGGAAAAAUAAAUAUGUAAACGUAUCUUACUUUACAUGCUACUCCCAGCAAAAAGUACUCAAUUGAACCUGUUAACAUUGUUACCGCUGAAAUUAUUGAAAUGCAUAAUAGCAAAUGUAUUUGCUUCUUUUUCAAGCAGAAAGUGAAAUUUACCACUGAUUGGUAUGUGAACAUGAAUUUAACAAGUCACUGUUACAUUUUCUUACUCUGUACAUUGUAAAUAAAAAAAGGUUUCCAUUUUUAUAUGAAUAUUUCAUCUUUGUAGUAACGUCUAUUUUAUUUUAUUUCCUUUUUUGUUGAUCACGUAACUUAUAUAUGUAUAUAACAGAAUACUUUUUGCUAGGAACAGUUGAUAAGUCUAAUGUAUUCGUACGAGUAUUUGGCCCAUACAUUACAAAAUCCAAAAUUCCACGAUUAUUAUCAAAAAGUACGAACGUAUACUUUUUUAAAGGUAUUUCGUGCAGAUCGUGACGCGAAGGCUCAAGAAUACUCAUACUUUCAUAUUGAAUCUUUGAAAUUACAGAAAAACGAUGUACUUGAAUUUUAUAUAAUUCUUGUCUCCUUACAGGUACACGAUCUGAUUGCACACCUUUUUCCAGCUAAUUACCAAUUCAAUUACUAUUCUCUGUAAUGUAAAUUUCUUUAAAGAGUAUAAAUAACAUACACAGUGAUAGAAUUAGCCUGAGAAACUGUUUAAUAAUAGUUUAGUACAUGGACGGAACAUUCGUACAUUCACAUUGCCAUUAAAAAUAAGUGAGGCAUUUAAUUGUAGCGAUAGUUUCUCGAGGGAAGUAAAAAGCUUUUUUAUAAGAUUCUUUUUCUUUUUCUUUUGUGUUUUGUUUUUGGGAAUAUCAAAUCGAAUGAAUAGACUCGCAAGAGAAAUUUGUCUUCUAUAACAAAACUGUACUAACUACCGGACUAACUCUUAUAAUUGUUUUUUAUUUUAGCCUUGGAGGAAAAACUGCUGGAUUUUUAAUUACACUUGGUUGGUAAUGCCUUCGUUUUAAUUAACAAUAAUAUGAUACGAACUCUGUGACAAGUUUAGUACACGAACAGGAAGAGAAAAAGGAAAGGAUUGAGGCAUGCAGAGUGGUUGGUUCAUGAAUUUCUUCAGGACGAAUACACACAUUUGUCGUCACGAUGAUUAAGCUACGUAUAUAUUAUCAUCACACUUGUUCCGAGCUGCUGAUAAAAAUUAGCGGAUAAUAUGAAAACAACGCAUUAAAUAUGUAAUUAAAGAGGGAAUGAUUCCUGUUUUCACUGAUUUGUACAUAAUUACGCGGAUAACUCUUGCAUCGAUGAAAAAUCGAUAUAAGAUGUUUUGUAAAAAUAUCCGCUUGCAGAGAGGAAUAACAUUUUUUACAUAGUGUGUGUGUGUGUGUAAAACACAGUAUUAAAAAGUAAAUACAAUACGGUGCGAUGCGUACAUAAAUAUAUGUAUAUACAUAAAAUUGUGCAUACAUAUAUAUAUAUAUGGAGAGUGAGAUAACAACGUGUUAAAAUAUCUGUUUAACGUGACAUUACACUUUUCAUAUUAUUUCGCUGUGGUACAAGGUUUAAUUAAGAACAAGUGAUAACAAGAUAAGAUUUCAGUGUGUUUUUGUUCAAAUGUUAUCGCUGCCAUACUUUCCUUAAGCAGUUCGAUUAAUUUUAAUAGACGAUGAAUUCAUUCUGUAUAACGUACAAUUGCGUUCACGUUGAAUAGCAUUAAACUCUUAUAUAUUUAUAUAGUUUGAAAAAUUCUGUAAGCAAGAUAAAAAAAUGAAAUACAGCAGUCGCUGCAAUAAUACAGUGACUAGUAGUUGAUUUUAAAGAAGAUUAUCCAUUACAAAGAACUGUACGAGAUAUUAUCGGCCAUCGCAAACAACCGAUAUCAAUAAUAUGCCAAUAUUAGGGAAGAUAAAUGUUCAUAAUAUCUAUGAAACUUAGGUCGUACAUAAUUUUACAGAUAAUAAUGUUUUCGUUUUCUUCAGAAAAUACCUUGUUCUUUCAAUUAUUCUUUCUAGAAGGUAGUUGCAACGAGGAAACGAAAAUAUUAUAUUUAACACUGAAAUCUUACUCUUGAGCCUUUAAACGUACGAAUUGAUCAUUUGAGUUUCUGUAUACCCGAAGAUAAUAUAAUCAGAUUAGUGUAUUCUAUACUUAUCACAUUAACAGAAUAUUUUAAUUUAGCGAUAAGUAGUGUUUUUAUAUUCAUUUGCAAAGACACGUUUCUAUUACAUUAUAAAUUCCAUAUACAGUGAAGUGUCAACCAUACGUUUCUUACAUAUUUUACUUUUCUUCGUUUUCAAGUCAAUCUCAGCACAUUUUAUAGUUUCAUAGAUUUAGUUCACAGUUACAAUACUUAUCUAUACAUUAACUUUAAUUUCAUUGUUUAAUUAUUUUAAGCGUUUACCAUUAAAUUUAUAUUAUACGUGUACAUAGAGAUUUCAAGCGAAUUCUUUUUGUUCUAAAUGGCUGUAAAAGAAGAAAAAUGUUGUUAUUGAUCUUCUAUAAGAAUAGAUUUCUAGUGGCGAAAUUAUUCUAGAUCGGAGGGAGGUAAAAUAUGCCACGUAAAAAUCUCGAAUAUUUUCAAUGCUUGUGAUUAAUAACUUCUACGGAGCUUAUGGGGUCUGAAAAAUUGCUUCCGUAACUAUUGCGAUUUCUUCGUUCAUAGAAGAUCAAUAUACAAGUUGCGAUCAAAUAAAAUCAAAAUAACGUAUAUCUUGAGCAAAAGUAUAGUUGAUACUACACUGCUUGUAGUUAUCAGAUUUUGUGAUACAUUAAACAUUUUGUACAAAAAACAAAAAAAAAAUAGGUUCUAAUGGAUGAGAAAUGAUCGAGGAUUCGUCACUUAUU